CUCGCUGGAACUGUAAGUCGGUGAUGUCGAUGGGUGUGAUCCUGCUUUAGCUCCACGAUACCUUUGUAAUAUACCCGCCGGCAAAGGGGAGAAAUUCCAGGAGAAGGAACUCUAGCUGACUCUCGGCCGGGGGAGGGUGAAGCUAACUAGCUGCAUCCCUGGACAGCUCUUUUUGGGCGUUGAACAUUCUGUGGGGGUAACAGGAGAUACAUCGAAUAGUCGGAAACCCCAACCACUGCGAUGGCGAGAGACUACGAUUACCUCUUCAAGCUCCUCAUUAUCGGUGACAGCGGUGUGGGGAAAAGCAGUCUGCUGCUUAGGUUCGCCGAUAACACAUUUUCAGGUAGCUACAUCACCACAAUUGGCGUGGACUUCAAGAUCCGGACAGUGGAGAUCAACGGCGAGAAGGUGAAGCUACAGAUCUGGGACACAGCUGGACAGGAGCGCUUCCGCACCAUCACCUCCACAUACUACAGAGGGACGCACGGGGUGAUCGUGGUCUACGACGUCACCAGCGCAGAGUCAUUCGUCAAUGUCAAGCGGUGGCUCCAUGAAAUCAACCAGAACUGUGAUGAUGUCUGUCGAAUAUUAGUGGGCAACAAGAACGACGACCCGAACUCCAAAGUCGUGGAGACGGCCGACGCGCAGAAGUUCGCUGAGCAGAUGGACAUCAGGCUGUUCGAGACCAGUGCCAAGGAGAACAUCAACGUAGAGGAUUCAACUAUGUCAGAGUGGACUGUGCUGAAACAAACAAGUAUGAGGACGACAACAGCGGCCAGCUGAAAAGCAAUUGUGACGGAAUUCAUAUCAGCCAAACGGAUCCAACAGACCAGCCAACAAGAAAUCUGCCAUUCUCCUACUUCUUAAUGUUUAUUAUUGGAGCCCCCAGUCUUGUCGCCAGUUUUGCUUCCCCCCUUGUGUUUUGUGAUUUUUACACUUUAAAUGAAGACAAACUUUGUGUGGCCACCAUGGACCAAUCUCACUCCACCCUCCCCCCCCCACCCACCCCGCCAAUCUCUCAGAGAGAAAGUUAUGCCUUUUUUUGUUCUAUCUUUUCUUUUUGUAAAUUUGUAUUUUUUUACUAACAAACUACACCACUGUAAAAAAAAAGCAAUCAAAAAAAAACAAAUGUGCUUUGAAAUGAAAAAGUGUUAGGGGUCUAAGCCUGUCUUGGACUACUGCCACAGAAUUGGACCUGGGAACCAGUAGAGCAGCACCAGAACUUUACUGUCAAACCCAACACAACUGGACUUGCAUUCUCGUAAGCUGUGCUAUAGCAGCACCGGACAUCUCUGUGUUCUAAUAGGCACGGGUUCUAACAGGAGGCAGUGCCGUGGUUCUCUGUGGUAAAUGCAUUAAGCGGUGAUGAGUGAGUUGGUGUUGGGCUUGGGCUUCUGCUAGUGUGUGCCAGGCAAUGCCAUGGCACUGGUCACGUGUUCAGGAGACUGAGAAGAAAUAUUGGACCUUUUUUUUGGGUUGUCAGUACCAACUUGCAAGCCGCAUGCCCAAUUCACACACACACACACACACCUCCACAUCUAACAUCUCCUACACACACACACACACACACACACACACACACACACACUCAUACACAUGCUUGCAUACAGUCAUACAUAUGUAGAUGUGUGUGCCAGUCAGACAUGGAUGCCAUAAUCUCUCUCUACAGAGGCUCCAAGGCCAUUGAAGCUGAGCCCCCAAACCACCAGCACUUAAUCUGGGAGAGAGAUCACUGUGAUGGAAUCAGUACAAGGAGGGUGGUGGCUUCUGCGUGUUUGGGACCAGGCCGAUGGUUUUCACAGGCGCUGACGACACUGUGUAGUCUUAAACAGUUGCCAUGGGCACGGGCAAUAUUAAUUAUGGCCAUCUUGAGUCUUGAGCAUCAGUAUGUUUAUUAUAGAGCCGGCCGCUGAUUGACAACCAGACUGGCCAGUGGCAUGUGCCAAUACUGGAGAAGCACAGGCGGAAAUCCCGCCCACCGCAGCAGCCAAAACAAAAAAUAAAGGAAAGCUCCUCCAUGCAGAACGUGGUUGAGGGAUUAACGUUAAAGAACAAAAUGAACAUAUCUGAACAAUGAAGAGUUAAAACCAGCACGCUUGUAAAAAAAAAAAAAAGAAACGCUUCGAAAGGAAGUGUGUGAUUAGUUUGACAGCUCAAAUGUCAGUGUUUCAUAGAGUUGUAGAGUGACUGGACAAAGCUCAGCGGGUUGACUGAAUGAGUUUCCUGUCACUUCCCCCCGAGCCCGGGGUGACGAUUACAGUUUUAAUCUUCACUGCUCAGACAGCCGCCUUCACAAACCCGCCAGAAAUGGGAGCCCCACAAAGAAAAAAAGCUUAUUUACAAAAACAAAGUUUGAAAGAUCAUCAUCCUGUUUAUUUAUGUGUGUGGAUAUCAAUGUUACCACACACCGUGUGCACAUGCAUAUGCACAAAUUACACAUAUACAAACACGCAUGUGUGUAUAUAGACACCGGUAUAUGCGUCUAUUUUGUGUGUUUCUAUAUGUGUUUAUGUACUGGUCUGGUGUACACUGGAAAGAUGAAAUGUUGCCACUCAAGUCAUUGUUUGCCCCAUCAUGAAUCUAACCAAUAAUAAACAUUUUAAGAGAAUGGA